AUGCCUGGUAGACCUAUCGAAAACCACUCAAACGCUGUCAAGUAUCUUGGAGUCGACGAUUUCCUUGACGUCCUCAAAACCGGCCACCAGAUCCUCAAGUUUAAAUCAGUCCCGGAAAAGGCGUUUGAAAUCUUAUCAGGUGACGACACACGGCCGUGUAAGUUCGUCAGACUGCAGUAUCAUCGGCCAACUCAACUUCUACUCGUGAAGAUCACACCAGGCUGGGACCAUGAGAAUCUUAUUUUCCUCGUUCGAAAAUUGAUUGAUCGACAGCUGAAUGCUAUGAAUCUUUUUUCGUCUAACAAACCAACUUGCGCGGUCGAAAUCGGCACGUCUGAAUCUACGUCUCACCUGUCGGCCGAUGCAUAUGGCUGGCUGGAAGCGCCCCAAUCACCAGUCAAAGCCGUAAUUACUAUUUCCUUCAAGUACCUGUGCGCGGAAACCGACGAGAACCCCCUCAGCAUCUCCGUCUGGAAACCAGGACGCCGACUAUCUAGUCAUGAUACAGGGACCAACCUCUCGACUGCUAUCCGCACAGCACAUAUCGACGUUUGGAACGUCGCCGGCUCUCUCUCCGUGUCCGGAUUCUCUCACGAUGUCGACACGCAACUACCUGUCUCUGCUGAUGAAAUUCAACUUCCCUUGGAGCUUUUGAUCGGUCGACUACCUUCCCAUCCUAGGGAACAUGACAUUGUGAUAACUCAAGAUAUGUUACUCUGGAUUCUGCACCAGCUAUGGGAAUACCGCCGGCAACGGGUAAUAUUACAGUAG